AUGGCGCUUUCAGGGCUCGCUCAGGGGGUUUUGGGGGCUGGCGCUUCGUCUUGUACGGUGAGUACGUUUUCGUCUCUCACUCUCAGUAACAUUAAUAUUACAAAUCUCAAUGUUACGGCUGUCUACGACUACAAUGGUGCCAACUCGUCAAGUACCGGUGGCACGGGAGGUGUCGGGAUGAUUUCUGCAUCAACCGGCUCGACAGCGCCUACUGUAAAUAUUUGUUUGGUUUAUAUGACAUAUACCCACCCUGGACAGAACGAUGUUGUCAACACAUGGAUUGGACUGCCCUUGGAAGCCAGCGAUUGGAAUUCCCGCUUCUUGAUGGAUGGUGGUGGUGGCUGGGUGGCUGGCGGCGAGGAUGUGAUUCUCGAGCCCCUGAUGUCUGGUUACUCGUCCUCCUCUACAGAUGGGGGACAUAACACCACGGCCUCUACGGCUGAUUGGGGGUUGACGAGUGAAGGCAAUACAAAUUGGCCUGCCCUUUGGGACUUUGCUAGUGUUGCUUUGGUAGAAGCGGCAGUUCUGGGCAAGAAGGCAACAGAGACAUACUACGGUUCGGCACCCAAGUAUUCCUACUGGAAUGGGUGCUCGACAGGAGGUCGCCAGGGCCAUGUGAUGGCGCAGCAACACCCAGAUCUCUUUGAUGGCAUUGUUGGUGGUGCGCCGGCUAUCAAUUGGGACAAGUUCAUCCCGUCUGAGUUCUGGUCUCCGUUCAUGGCGCAACUGCUUGAUACACAACCCCCUCUAUGCGUCCUCGAUGCCUUCACAGACGCAGCCAUCGAGGCAUGCGAUAUGCUCGAUGGUGUUAAAGACAAGAUCAUCUCGUAUCCAGGCCAGUGCCACUUCAAGGCAUCUUCCAUGAUCGGCCGCACAGUCAACUGCAGCGACCCGAGUGGAACAAUUACGAUCACGAAGGCAAUGACCAAGCUGGCAGAUGCCUAUUGGGAAGGACCUCGAUCAGCCGAGGGCCGGUUCGAAUGGCACGGCUUUCACUAUGACUCUGAUAUGUCAGGCAUGCUCACGACGAACUGUACUUCCCUUCACAACUGCACGGUGAUUCCCUUCAGCAUCAGCGAUGACUGGAUGAAGGUGUUCCUGGCUAGGAAUUCCUCGCUCAAUACGGACAGCCUGACUCGCCUGGACUAUGACCGUCUGUUCCGGCAAUCGGUGAACCAAUACGCCUCGGUCAUUGGAACGGAGAGCCCCGAUCUUACGGAAAUGAAACUGGCCGGGACGAAAAUGAUUGCCUGGCACGGCAUAUCGGAUCCCCUCAUCCCGGCCAACGGCACGGUGGAUUACUACACGCGGGCAAUGAAGUUCGACCCAGAUGUCGCGGAAUACUACCGUUUCUUCCUAGCCCCAGGCGUAGGCCACUGCGGUGGUGGUACUGGCUUCGAUCCCAGUGACACGGUCUUUGAUACCUUGCGAGCCUGGGUUGAGAACGGGACCGUGCCAGACACGCUGAAAGGCAUCGCCACAGCCAUAGGCCAUUCAACCAGCUCGACUACUCGCACGGGUCAUCUCUGCCCGUACCCAAAGGUCUUCACGUAUACCAGCGGAGAUCCGAACAAGGCUUCAUCGUUUACCUGUGUCUGA